AUGAGUUCGGACGCCGAAAUGAGCGUGUUCGGGGAGGCGGCGCCGUACCUGAGGAGGCCCGAACGGGAGAGGAUCGAAGCCCAGAACAGGCCCUUCGAUGCCAAGACCUCAGUGUACGUGGUGGACCCCAAGGAGCUGUUCGUUAAAGGCACCCUGCAAAGCAAGGACGGGGGCAAAGCAACCGUCAAAACCCAAACAGGGCAGGUCGUUACUGUGAAGGAUGACGAAGUCUACCCCAUGAACCCGCCCAAGUUCGACAAGAUCGAGGACAUGGCCAUGAUGACCCACCUGAACGAGGCCGCCGUGCUGUUCAACCUCAAAGAGCGCUACGCGGCGUGGAUGAUCUAUACCUACUCCGGACUGUUCUGUGUCACUGUCAACCCUUACAAGUGGCUCCCGGUCUACAACCACGAAGUGGUGGUGGCCUACCGGGGCAAGAAGCGGCAGGAGGCGCCACCCCACAUCUUCUCCAUCUCGGACAACGCCUACCAGUCCAUGCUAACCGAUAGGGAAAACCAGUCCAUCCUCAUCACCGGAGAAUCCGGUGCAGGAAAGACUGUGAACACCAAGCGCGUCAUCCAGUACUUUGCGACAAUCGCAGGCUCUGGAGACAGGAAGAAGGACGUGGCAUCCAAUGGAAAAUUACAGGGCAAUCUGGAGGAUCAGAUCAUCUCUGCUAACCCUUUACUGGAAGCUUUUGGGAAUGCAAAGACGGUCAGAAACGAUAACUCAUCCCGAUUUGGCAAAUUCAUCAGAAUCCACUUCGGAACGUCAGGAAAACUGGCUUCAGCUGAUAUCGAAACUUACUUGCUGGAAAAAUCCAGGGUAACGUUUCAGCUGUCCGCAGAGCGGAGCUACCACAUCUUCUACCAGAUCAUGUCGAACAAGAAGCCGGAGCUGAUCGAAACCCUCCUCAUCACCACCAACCCCUACGACUUCCCCUUCGUGAGCCAGGGGGAGAUCAGCGUGGCCAGCAUCGUGGACAGCGACGAGCUGAUGGCCACCGAUAGCGCCAUCGACAUCUUGGGCUUCACUGCAGAGGAGAGGAUCGGCAUCUACAAGCUAACGGGUGCUGUGAUGCAUUAUGGGAACAUGAAGUUCAAGCAGAAGCAGAGAGAGGAGCAAGCAGAGCCGGACGGGACAGAAGUGGCUGACAAAGCAGCUUAUCUGAUGGGCCUGAACUCGGCGGACCUGCUAAAAGCUUUGUGUUACCCCAGAGUGAAGGUCGGGAACGAGUAUGUGACCAAGGGCCAGACGGUUCAGCAGGUCUACAACUCCAUUGGUGCUUUGGCGAAAUCCGUCUACGAGAAAAUGUUCCUGUGGAUGGUGCUUCGCAUCAAUCAGAUGUUGGACACCAAACAACCCAGACAGUUCUUUAUUGGGGUUCUGGACAUUGCCGGGUUUGAGAUCUUCGACUACAACAGUCUGGAGCAGCUGUGCAUCAAUUUCACCAACGAGAAACUGCAACAGUUUUUCAACCACCACAUGUUCGUGCUGGAGCAGGAAGAGUACAAGAAGGAGGGCAUCGAGUGGGAGUUCAUCGACUUCGGGAUGGAUCUGGCAGCUUGUAUCGAGCUCAUUGAAAAGCCAAUGGGCAUCUUCUCCAUCCUCGAAGAGGAGUGCAUGUUCCCCAAGGCGUCAGACACCACCUUCAAGAACAAGCUGUACGACCAACAUCUGGGGAAAUCCAGCAAUUUCCAGAAGCCCAAGCUUGUCAAAGGCAAAGCCGAGGCCCACUUCUCGCUGGUGCACUACGCCGGCACCGUGGACUACAGCAUCACAGGCUGGCUGGACAAGAACAAGGACCCACUCAACGAGACCGUGGUCCAGCUCUACCAGAAGGCCGGACUCAAACUUCUGGCAUUCCUCUAUUCAAACUAUUCUUCAUCCGAGGAAGCGGGCGGUGGAGGUGCAGGGGGGACCGGUGCUGCUGCCAAGAAAGCAGCAAAGAAGAAAGGCUCGUCUUUCCAGACGGUGUCAGCGCUCUUCAGGGAGAACCUGGGGAAGCUCAUGACGAAUCUCAAGAGCACCCAUCCCCACUUCGUUCGCUGCCUGAUCCCAAAUGAAACCAAAACUCCAGGGAUCAUGGAGCACCAUCUGGUUAUCCAUCAGUUGAGGUGUAACGGCGUGUUAGAAGGAAUCCGAAUCUGCAGGAAGGGUUUUCCCAGCAGGAUCCUGUAUGGAGAUUUCAAGCAAAGGUACAAAGUACUGAACGCUAGCGUUAUCCCAGAAGGACAGUUUAUUGACAACAAGAAAGCUUCUGAGAAGCUCUUGGGUUCCAUCGACGUGGAUCACACCCAAUAUAAGUUCGGACAUACCAAGGUGUUCUUCAAGGCCGGACUCCUGGGUCUACUGGAGGAGAUGAGGGAUGAACGAUUAGCCUCACUCAUCACCAUCACUCAGGCUCUGUGUCGAGGCUUUCUCCGAAGGAAGGAGUUCCAGAAAAUGAUGGAGAGCAAAGAGUCCAUUUAUAUCAUCCAGUACAACAUCCGCUCCUUCAUGAACGUGAAACACUGGCCGUGGAUGAAACUCUACUUCAAAAUCAAGCCGCUCUUGAGGAGCGCUGAGACGGAGAAGGAGAUGGCCUUGAUGAAGGAGGAGUUCGCCAAAUGCAAGGAGGAUUUAGCCAAAGCUGAAGCGAAGAGGAAGGAGCUGGAAGCCAAAAUGGUUUCCCUGCUUCAGGAGAAGAACGACCUCUGUCUGCAGAUUCAAUCUGAGAGUGAAAGUCUUGCAGAUGCAGAAGAAAGAUGUGAAGGACUGAUCAAGAACAAGAUCCUGCUGGAGGCGAAGGCCAAGGAGUUCAGCGAGCGUCUGGAGGACGAGGAGGACCUGAACGCUGAGCUCACGGCCAAGAAGAGGAAGCUGGAGGAUGAGUGCUCCGAGCUGAAGAAAGACAUCGACGACCUGGAGCUCACGCUCGCUAAAGUGGAGAAGGAAAAGCACGCCACUGAAAACAAGGUGAAGAAUUUGACAGAAGAAAUGUCAUGUCUCGAUGACACGAUUGCCAAGUUGUCCAAGGAGAAGUUGGCCCUCCAAGAGGCUCACCAGCAGACACUGGAUGACCUGCAGGCGGAGGAAGACAAAGUCAACGCUCUGUCCAAAGCCAAGAUCAAGCUCGAGCAGCAAGUAGACGAUCUCGAGGGCUCUCUGGAACAAGAGAAGAAGAUCCGGAUGGAUAUCGAGAGGGCCAAGAGGAAGCUGGAAGGCGACCUGAAGCUGUGUCAAGAAUCCAUAAUGGAUUUGGAGAAUGGACAGCAGCAGCUGGAGGAACGCCUCAAAAAAAAAGACUUUGAGUUAAGCAAACUGGCUUCCAAACUGGAGGAUGAGCAGAACGUGGCCGCGCAAUCUCAGAAAAAGAUCAAGGAGCUUCAGGCUCGUACCGAGGAGCUCGAGGAGGAGAUCGAAGUGGAACGUGUCGCAAGAGCCAAAGUGGAAAAGCAACGCUCGGAUCUCACCAGAGAGCUGGAGGAAAUCAGCGAGCGGCUGGAGGAGGCCGGGGGAGCCACGGCAGCUCAGGUGGAGAUGAACAAGAAGCGAGAGGCGGAGUUUCAGAAACUGAGACGCGACCUGGAGGAGUCGACGCUCCACCACGAGGCCGUCACGGCGGCGCUGAGGAAGAAGCACGCCGACAGCGUGGCGGAGCUGGGAGAGCAGAUCGACAAUCUGCAGAGGGUCAAACAGAAGCUGGAGAAGGAGAAGAGCGAGUGCAAGAUGGAGAUUGACGACCUGUCCAGCAAUGUGGAGGUCACCUUCAAGGCAAAGACUAAUUACGAGAAGCUGUGUCACUCUCUGGAAGACCAGCUGAGUGAAUUGAAGACCAAACACGACGAGGACGCUCAUCUCAUCACCGAACUGAACGCUCAAAGGGCGCGACUCCAGAACGAAAAUGGUGAGUUUUCUCGUCUCCUCGAGGAGAAAGAAGCCAUACUGUCGCAGAUGUCGAGGGCCAAGCUCGCUUUCACUCAGCAAAUAGAGGAGUUGAAGAGGCAGGUGGAGGAAGAAACUAAGGCAAAGAACGCCCUGGCCCAUUCCCUCCAGUCUGCCCGGCAUGACUGCGAUCUGCUGAGGGAGCAGUUCGAGGAGGAACAGGAGGCCAAGGCUGAGCUCCAGAGAGCCAUGUCCAAGGCCAACGGUGAGGUGGCUCAGUGGAGAACCAAGUACGAGACCGACGCCAUCCAACGCACCGACGAACUGGAGGAGGCCAAGAAAAAGCUGGCCCAGCGUCUGCAGGAAGCAGAGGAGGCCAUCGAGGCCGUGAACGCCAAGUGUUCAUCUCUGGAGAAGACCAAGCAGAGGCUGCAGGGGGAGGUGGAGGACCUCAUGGUUGACGUGGACCGAGCCAACGCUCAGGCAGCAGUGCUGGACAAGAAGCAGAAGAGCUUCGAUAAGGUUCUGUCCGAGUGGAAGCAGAAGUACGAGGAGAGUCAGGCCGAGCUGGAAGGCUCUCAGAAAGAGUCUCGCGCUCUCAGCACUGAAAUCUUCAAAAUGAAGAAUUCUUACGAGGAAGCUUUGGAGCAUCUGGAAGUCUUCAAGCGCGAGAAUAAAAACCUGCAACAGGAAAUUUCUGAUCUGACCGAACAACUUGGGGAAAAUGGCAAAGCCAUCCAUGAGCUGGAGAAGACCAAGAAGCAAGUUGAGACUGAGAAGACGGAGAUCCAGACUGCUCUGGAGGAAGCUGAGGCCUCUCUUGAACACGAGGAAUCCAAAAUUCUGCGCAUCCAACUGGAACUGACGCAGGUGAAAGGCGAAGUGGACCGCAGGCUUGCCGAGAAGGACGAGGAGAUCGAGCAGAUGAAACGCAACCACAUGCGCAUCGUGGAGACCAUGCAGUCCGCUUUGGAUGCCGAGGUCCGCAGCAAGAACGACGCCAUGAGAAUCAGGAAGAAGAUGGAGGCCGACCUGAACGAGAUGGAGAUCCAGCUGAGCCACGCCAACCGACAGUCGGCUGAGGCCCAGAAGCAGCUGAGGAACCUGCAGGGCCACCUCAAGGAGCAAACCCUCCACCUGGACGAGGCCCUGCGGAGCCAGGAGGACCUGAAGGAGCAGGUGGCCAUGACGGAGCGCAGGAGCGUGCUGAUGCAGGCCGAGGUGGAGGAGCUCCGAGCUGCUCUGGAGCAGUCGGAACGAAGCCGGAAGCUCGCCGAGGGAGAGUUAGCUGAUGCCAGCGAGAGAGUCGGACUCCUGCAUUCUCAGAACACCAGUUUGCUGAACUCCAAGAGGAAGCUGGAUGCAGAUGUGAGCCAGCUGCAGGGAGACAUGGAGGAGGCCAUCCAAGAGGCUCGCAACGCUGAGGAGAAGGCCAAGAAGGCCAUCACAGAUGCCGCCAUGAUGGCCGAGGAGCUGAAGAAGGAGCAGGACACCAGCAGCCACCUGGAGAGGAUGAAGAAGAACCUGGAGACUUCUGUUAAGGACCUGCAGCACCGCCUGGACGAGGCCGAGAGCCUGGCUCUGAAGGGGGGCAGGAAGCAGCUGCAGAAGCUGGAAGCUCGGGUGCGUGAACUGGAGGGGGAGGUGGACAGCGAGCAGAGGAGAGCCGCCGACGCCGUCAAAGGCGUGAGGAAGUACGAGAGGCGCGUGAAGGAGCUGACCUACCAAACCGAGGAAGACAAGAAGACGGUGCUGCGGCUGCAGGACCUCGUGGACAAGCUGCAGCUCAAAGUCAAGGCCUACAAGAGGCAGAACGAAGAGGCCGAGGAGCAGGCCAACGUGCAUCUGGCGAAGCUGAGGAAGGUGCAGCACGAGCUGGAGGAGGCGCAGGAGCGCGCCGACAUCGCCGAGUCCCAGGUCAACAAGCUGAGGACUAAGAGCCGCGACUUCGGAAAGGCUGCUGAUUCGGAGUGAACCUCGCAGUGAUUGUACACCCUACAUGAGUGGAAACUCAAUAAAA